AUGACUAAAAAUCCUUAUGAUUCAUUUGCAAGUCCUAAAGAAAAUGUCCAUGCUAAAUGGUAUGUUGAUGGAAAAGAAUAUUUUUAUGCAGUGUCAGAAGCUUUAAUGGCCGCAGAGAAAGAAAUUUUUAUUGAAGAUUGGUGGCUUUCUCCAGAACUA